ACGAAGAAGAGCUCUGGUUCUUCGCGGGGCUCUCCGAGGCCUGUCAAUGGCGGUCUUCGCAAGCUCUUCCACUGCUUCUUUAUCCCCUUAUUUUGCUAUCUCUAACAUCUACUACAAGAACCCUUACUGGUCCUCCAAGGCCUCCACUCCCCAGUUGGACUCUUUUCAGAUGCUGCCAUGCAAAUAUUUUCCCAUAAGGAUUGUUGAAGCUCAAUUGUGGAGUCCCUUAAUGUGUAAAAGGACAAAUGCCCCCAAUGUGUUGAGAAAUAGGGGCAAUAUUGAUGGAGCUUCGAAACAUAAUUUCUUGCUUCAGUCGAUGAGGUUCAAUAAAUUUUUUUCUUUGAAAUGCGAUUUUCUUUCAAUAACUCAUGGACGCCUUCUCAAAUUUGGGAUUUACUCUGGUGGUCUUCGAAAAGUGAUUUACUGUUUGGAAAAAUUUAGACAGCAUGUCUCUAUUCCUUCUGUCUGCUUGAUCGCUGGAGUGAUGCUGGUCAUGUCAGUUUCUGUUGCUGUUAGCAGGAGUCCAUCCUGGGCCCUUACUGAAGAGAAUCUCCUAUUCUUGGAGGCAUGGAGAACAAUUGAUCGUGCAUAUGUUGACAAAAAUUUUAAUGGACAAAGUUGGUUUCGAUACAGAGAAAAUGCUCUGCGCAAUGAACCAAUGAAUACACGAGAACAGACAUAUAUGGCAAUAAAGAAGAUGCUUGCCACACUGGAUGAUCCUUUUACUCGUUUUCUGGAGCCUGAGAAGUUCAAGAGUUUGCGGUCUGGAACUCAAGGUGCUCUUACAGGUGUAGGGCUGUCAAUUGGCUACCCUACUCAAUUUGAUGGAUCAGCUGCUGGACUUCUUGUUAUUUCAGCUGCUCCGGGAGGUCCUGCAAAUAGGGCUGGCAUUUUGACUGGGGAUGUUAUUGUAGCAAUUGAUGAUACAAGUACAGAAACCAUGGGCAUAUAUGAUGCAGCAGAGCGGUUGCAGGGACCCGAAGGAACUUCGGUGGAAUUGACCAUUCGUAGUGGACCUGAAAUAAAGCACGUAGCUUUGACGCGGGAGAAAGUUUCACUAAAUCCAGUGAAAUCAAGACUAUGCGAAGUGCCUGGUUCAGGGAAAGAUUCUCCUAGGAUUGGUUAUAUCAAAUUAACAUCUUUCAACCAAAAUGCAUCUGGCGCUGUCAAGGAAGCAGUUGAUUCUUUAAAGAGUAGUAGUGUUAAUGCCUUUGUGUUGGACCUUCGAGAUAAUAGUGGUGGCCUUUUCCCAGAAGGAAUUGAGAUUGCCAAGAUUUGGUUGGACAAAGGUGUGAUUGUGUAUAUUUGUGACAGUCGUGGUGUUCGAGAUAUAUAUGACACAGAUGGAAGCAGUGCAAUAGCAGCUUCAGAACCCUUAGCUGUGCUGGUGAACAAAGGAACUGCCAGUGCAAGUGAAAUUUUAGCCGGUGCACUGAAAGACAAUAAACGCGCUGUGUUGUUUGGAGAGCCCACAUAUGGGAAAGGCAAGAUUCAGUCAGUUUUUGAGUUAUCUGAUAGCUCUGGCUUGGCUGUUACUGUUGCUCGUUAUGAGACACCUGCUCACACAGAUAUUGAUAAGGUUGGUGUAAUUCCUGACCAUCCUUUACCCACCUCAUUUCCCAAGGACGAGGAGGGAUUUUGCAACUGCCUCCAGGACCCUGCAUCUGCUUGCUAUGUGAACAGAGUCCAGCUAUUUGCGAGAUGACAGAAUAUUUGGAUAUUAACAUUGCACAUUGCUUUGGGGAAUAUGAGGGAAUUCUUUGUAAAAUGUAGGUUUAACUUAAUUUUGGAGGGUUCAUUCAAUUAUAAAGUGUAAAUUUAACAAGGGAAAAAUCCAGGUAUAAAAGGAAAGGGCAGGCUUUGUUUGACGAUAA